GCGAGCGCGCGGGAAGGCGCCGGCGCCUGCCAUGGAGGUGAGCCACUCAGUGAAGGAGCGCACCAUCGCUGAGAACAGCCUGGUGAUCCUGCUGCAGGGCCUGUGUGGCCGCGUCACCACCGUGGAGCUGCGUGAUGAGAGCGCGGCCAUGGGGUGCAUCACCAGUGUGGAUGCCUUCAUGAACGUGCGCCUGGCCGAGGUGACCUUCACGGACAGGCAGGGUGCUGUGUCCCACCUGGAUGAGCUCUUUGUGACUGGCAGGAACAUCCGCUACGUGCACAUCCCUGACGAGGUGGACAUCCGGGCCACCAUCGAGGAGCAGCUGCAGGCCAUCCACAGGGUGCGGUGCUUCGGGGGCCGCAACAAGGGCCGCAGGGAGUUCCCUUGUGCCAAGCACAGGUGAGGACCUGGUGCUGCCUACAACAGCCAGGAUACACCCAGGAGAUAGGCCUGGGAUGGACGUGUCCCUUUGGUGGACUGCCAGCCCCCUCCACACCAGCCAUCCCUCCAGGAACAUUUUCAUCUUCCGCCAGGGACUUGGGGCUCUGCGGUUCCCCCCAUUGGUGCCUGCAGAGGAGCAGGACUGUUUUUUGUAGUGAAUAACAUCACUUAAAGUCUC